CGUCGGGAGCGGCGGCCGUCGAGGCUGGCCAGGGCUGUCCCCGGGGGCCGGCGGGCGCCGCGAUGAGGACACGCCGCGCCGGGGAGCGACCGCUCGCGGACACACAAACUCCGGAGCGACCCCGCAAGUCCGUCCGGGCCGUCUAGCGGGAGGGAAGGAGGACCCGAUCCAACUGUUUUUUACUAUUAGGAAUAAAGGCCAAUACAAAGAAGAAUCAGGAUGAAAAGAUGGCCGACUUCUUGUUACCACUGGGUUCCUGCAGCUUCCACCGGUUCACGCCCGAAUCCUUGGCUGCGAUCGAGAAGCGAAUCGCGGAGAAGAUCGCAAGGAACGCCAAGCAGGAACACAGGGAGCAGGCGGCCGACGAAGAAACGCCUCGGCCCCAGUUUGACUUACAGGCUGGCAAGAAGCUCCCCGAUAUCUACGGGUCUCCUCCAUCGGAGCUCGUGGGGGAACCCUUGGAGGACAUUGACCCUUACUACAGUGAUCACAAGACAUUUAUAGUACUGAACAAAGGGAAGACAAUCUUUCGAUUUAGUGCCACUCCUGCCUUGCAUAUUCUUAGUCCUUUCCACCGAGUUAGAAGAGCAGCAAUUAAAAUUUUGGUUCAUUCAUUAUUCAGUAUGUUUAUUAUGUGCACUAUUUUGACCAAUUGUGUGUUCAUGGCACAACGGGAAAUCCCCCAGUGGGCGAAAUACGUCGAAUACACCUUCACUGGCAUUUACACUUUUGAAUCAUUGGUAAAGAUAUUGGCGAGAGGAUUUUGUACAACAGGAUUCACCUUUCUUCGAGAUCCAUGGAACUGGCUGGAUUUUUCUGUUAUUGUCAUGGCAUACAUAACUGAAUUUGUGGACCUGGGCAAUGUAUCAGCCUUACGAACGUUCAGAGUUCUCCGGGCGCUGAAAACAAUCUCAGUCAUUUCAGGUUUGAAGACCAUCGUCGGUGCCCUCAUCCAGUCCGUUAGGAAACUCGCAGACGUGAUGAUCUUGACGGUUUUCUGCUUGAGUGUUUUCGCCCUCAUUGGCCUUCAGCUCUUCAUGGGGAACUUGAGACACAAAUGUGUCAGGAACUAUACUGAGUUUAACAGCACCAAUGGCACCUUCGUUUCAGAUCACAAGAUCUGGCAAACCUUGAAUGACUUUCUCAGUGAUAAAGAUAACUACUACAUAAAAGAGGGCAGUACAGACGUGUUAUUGUGUGGCAAUAGCUCAGAUGCUGGGACGUGUCCGAAAGGAUACAGCUGCCAUAAGGCUGGUGAAAACCCUGACUACGGCUUCACGAGCUUUGAUACUUUCGGCUGGGCCUUUCUGUCCUUGUUCCGCCUCAUGACUCAGGAUUGCUGGGAACGCCUCUAUCAACAGACCCUUCGAUCUGCUGGCAAGAUCUACAUGCUUUUUUUUAUGCUGGUCAUCUUUCUGGGAUCGUUUUAUCUCGUCAACUUGAUAUUGGCGGUGGUGGCCAUGGCGUACGAAGAGCAGAACCAAGCCACGAUUGCUGAGACAGAAGCAAAGGAACGGAAGUUUCGAGAAGCCAUGGAGGCAUUGAAGAAAGAGCAGGAGGCAUUAGCUCGGGGAAUUGAUUCAAUGUCGUUUAGCUCUUUCGAAAUGUCACCUUUGGCAUCGAAAAGUUUCAAGGAACGAAGAAGCCGAAGGAGAAAAAAGAAAUCCUCGGGGGGAGAAGAUUAUGGGGAAGACCAAAAAGGGCUGAAGUCGGAAUCCGAAGACGGCCAGCAGAGGACGACCGUCCUGGGUUUCACCUCCGGUUCGCUGGAAAAUUCGGUGAAGCGGAAGGCCAGCCAUGGGAGCGUCUUCAGCUUCCGCUUGCGCAGCAGGGACAUGGGCUCAGAAGCCGACUUUGCUGACGACGACAUCAGCACGGCGGGGGAGAGCGAAAGCCAGCGUGGAUCCUUGCUCGUCCCGAGGAACGGGAGGCGCCUCAGUGUGCAGAGUCAGAUGAGUCACAGUUCGCCCAACUGCACGCUCAACGGCAAGAGGAACUCCUCGGUGGACUGCAACGGCGUGGUGUCGCUCAUCGGAGGAGGGGGAAGUCCGGACCCAACAUCUCCAACUGAUAACCUGUUGUCCCCAGUUAUUAUGGAGAAAUCUGGAAUGGGCGAUUCGACCACUCUGUCAGAAGAAGUGAGCAAGAAACACCUUUUGUCUCCCCAACGCCUGUCCGUGGAUCACUCGGAGGGACAUUUUCAAAGGCAGCGAGCUGUGAGUGCCGUCAGCAUCAUCACUAGUGCCAUGGAAGAGCUUGAAGAAUCUCAACAGAAGUGCCCUCCUUGCUGGAACCGUUUUGCAGUCAAGUUUCUCAUCUGGGAGUUUUGCCCGAUGUGGUUGCUGAUCAAACAGAAGGUCAAGUUUGUCAUCAUGGACCCCUUCAGCGACCUCACCAUCACCCUGUGCAUUGUGUUGAACACCCUAUUCAUGGCCAUGGAUCAUUACAAGAUGACCAAAGACUUCGAGGACGUCCUCAACAUUGGUAAUCAGGUCUUCACUGGAAUUUUUACUGCCGAAAUGAUCUUCAAAGUCAUUGCCCUGGAUCCUUACUAUUAUUUUCAGCAAGGCUGGAAUAUUUUUGACAGUAUAAUUGUCACACUAAGCUUGAUGGAACUAGGUCUCUCCAGCAUGGGAAACGUCUCCGUGUUGCGCUCCUUCAGACUGCUGAGAGUCUUCAAGCUGGCCAAGUCUUGGCCGACGUUAAACACCCUCAUUAAAAUCAUCGGGAACUCGGUCGGCGCUCUGGGGAACCUGACGCUCGUCUUGGCCAUCAUCGUCUUCAUCUUUGCCGUGGUUGGGAUGCAGCUCUUUGGGGACCUGUACUUUUCAAACCGCCACAAAAUCAGCACCACGGAGAAGAUGCCGCGCUGGCACAUGAACGACUUCUUCCAUUCCUUCCUCAUCAUCUUCCGCAUCCUGUGCGGCGAGUGGAUCGAGACCAUGUGGGACUGCAUGAAAGUCGCUCAGCAACCGCUGUGCUUCCUGGUCUUCCUGCUGGUCAUGGUGAUCGGGAACCUGGUGGUGCUGAACCUGUUUCUUGCCUUGCUGCUGAGCUCAUUCAGCGCCGACAACCUUUCCGCGCCAGACGAGGAUGGGGAGAUGAACAACCUGCAGCUGGCCUUUGCCCGCAUCAACAGAGGGCUCCAUUAUGCCAGGCGGGCCAUGUGGGAUUUCUGCUGCAGCGUCCUUCGGCAACCGAAGGCAACGGCCGAAAAAAAAGCCAUGAUGAAGCUUGUCGCUCAAAACCCGGCCGUCAUUCACAACUGCAUCAGCAACCACACCGCCACGGAGUCGGGCAAAGAGGAGGACCUCUGCAAGGAGAACCACACCGCGGGUGGGACUGACGGAAAGGAGGACACGCAGCCAGCAGCUAGAGACCACAACGACGACUUCAUGACCAACCCAGACUUGUCCAUCUGUGUCCCCAUCGCGGUCGGGGAAUCCGACAUCGAAGAUGACGAGCAGAGCACGUUCACGGAAACGGACCAGAAGUUUGACGAGACUAGCCUCUCGGAAGGAAGCACGGUAGAUUUGGCAAUCCCGUCGGAUCUUCUGGAACAGAUGCCGGAACUGGCAGAGGAGAUGAUGGAGCCCGAAGAUUGCUUCCCUGAACCCUGCGUCCGAUUAUUCCCCUGCUGUUAUGUGGACACCACAAAAGUUCCUGGGAAAAUUUGGUGGCGGCUACGAAAAACCUGCUACCAAAUCGUCGAGCACAGCUGGUUCGAAACGUUCAUCAUAUUUAUGAUCCUUCUGAGCAGUGGAGCGCUGGCAUUUGAAGACAUCUACCUGGAGGAGAGAAAGAACAUUAAAACCAUGUUAGAUUAUGCCGACCGGAUCUUUACUUACAUUUUUGUUCUGGAGAUGCUCCUGAAGUUGCUCGCUUACGGCUUUAAGAAGUACUUCACUAACGCCUGGUGCUGGCUCGACUUCCUCAUUGUUGAUGUGUCUUUAGUAAGCCUCAUAGCUAGUACCCUCGGAUACUCGGAAAUGGGUCCCAUUAAAUCCCUUAGGACCCUCAGAGCUCUGAGACCCUUAAGAGCACUGUCACGAUUUGAAGGGAUGAGGGUGGUGGUCAAUGCCUUGGUAGGCGCCAUCCCUUCUAUCAUGAACGUUCUGCUUGUCUGCCUCAUUUUUUGGCUCAUCUUCAGCAUUAUGGGAGUCAACCUGUUUGCUGGGAAAUUUGGGAAGUGCAUUAACAAGACGGAGAGCGACCUGCCGCUGGACCAGGCCGUGGUCAACAACAUGAGCGAGUGUCAGAACCUGAACGAGACAGGAGAGUUGUACUGGACCAAAGUGAAAGUCAACUUUGAUAAUGUCGGAGCAGGCUACCUGGCUCUUCUGCAGGUGGCAACAUUCAAAGGUUGGAUGGAAAUAAUGUAUGCAGCGGUGGAUUCCCGAGAGCGUGAGGAGCAGCCUAAAUGGGAAUAUAAUGUGUACAUGUAUCUCUACUUCGUGAUCUUCAUCAUCUUCGGCUCCUUUUUCACCCUGAACCUCUUCAUAGGUGUCAUCAUUGACAAUUUUAAUCAACAAAAGAAAAAGUUAGGUGGACAAGACAUCUUUAUGACAGAGGAACAGAAAAAAUACUACAAUGCCAUGAAAAAAUUGGGAUCCAAGAAACCCCAAAAGCCCAUCCCACGACCAUUGAACCCGUGCCAGGGCUUCAUUUUCGACGUCGUCACAAAGCAAGCCUUCGACAUUUGCAUCAUGCUUCUCAUCUGCCUCAACAUGGUGACCAUGAUGGUGGAAACGGACGAUCAGAGCCAGGAAAAAAUCAGCAUCCUUUAUAUCAUCAACAUGAUCUUUGUGGCCAUCUUCACGGCGGAGUGCAUAUUGAAAAUGGUGGCUCUGAGGCAUUACUAUUUCACCAAUGGCUGGAAUAUAUUUGAUUUCGUGGUGGUGAUUCUAUCCAUUGUGGGUUCCGUGCUUUCCGACAUCAUCCAGAAAUACUUCUUCUCCCCCACCCUCUUCAGAGUCAUCCGCUUGGCUCGGAUCGGCCGGAUCCUGAGGCUUAUACGAGGGGCCAAAGGGAUCCGGACACUCCUUUUUGCCUUAAUGAUGUCCCUCCCCGCGUUGUUCAACAUUGGCCUCAUGCUUUUCUUGGUCAUGUUCAUUUACGCCAUUUUCGGCAUGGCCAACUUUGCCUACGUCAAGAAGGAGCAUGGGAUCGACGACAUGUUCAACUUCCAGACGUUCGCCAACAGCAUGCUCUGCCUCUUCCAGAUCACAACGUCAGCCGGCUGGGAUGGGCUCCUGAACCCCAUUUUGAACACGGGGCCGCCGUAUUGCGACCCUUACGGUAACCAUACGCAUAGCUCCAAGGGAGACUGCGGCAGCCCCGCUGUGGGGAUUCUGUUCUUUGUGACCUAUAUCAUUAUCUCUUUCCUCAUUGUUGUAAACAUGUACAUAGCCAUUAUUUUGGAGAACUUCAGUGUGGCCACUGAAGAGAGCACAGAACCCCUCAGCGAGGACGACUUUGAUAUGUUUUAUGAAAUCUGGGAAAGGUUUGACCCUGAAGCCACUCAGUUUAUUGAGUACAAAGCACUUUCCAAUUUCGCGGACACGCUCUCGGAGCCUUUGCGGAUUGCAAAACCAAAUACCAUCAAGCUGAUCGCCAUGGACCUGCCCAUGGUGAGCGGCGAUCGGAUCCACUGUUUGGACAUUUUGUUUGCAUUUACCAAAAGAGUCCUGGGUGAAUCCGGGGAGAUGGACGCCCUCAAAAUCCAGAUGGAGGAGAAAUUCAUGGCUGCCAACCCGUCGAAGAUUUCUUACGAGCCAAUCACGACCACGCUGCGGCGGAAGCAGGAAGAGGUUUCUGCCAUCCUCAUCCAGAGGGCUUAUAGGAGCCACCUCUUCCAACGAUCGCUCAAGCAGGCCUCUUUCUUGUACCGCCAAAAAGCGUGCAAUUUGGGGGAAGACGCACCGGAGAAGGAAGGCCUCAUCGCCCUCAUGUUGGGCGAAAACUACGGCAGGCCAAUCAACAAAUCUGAAACUCUUUCCUCCACGUCGUUCCCCCCCUCCUAUGAUAGCGUCACAAGAGGCACCAGUGACAACUUCCAGCUACGGUUGACGGACUCGAGCAAAAGCGACGAACACCUGGACGAUCAGCUAUCACCUGAGCAAGACAAAGAGUCGGUUGUUUAAAGGGCAGAUUGGGAGGGUUGGCUUUUUUUUAAGAACACGUCCAAAAUUUUGUUUACAGAAUGUAACACUGUACCUACACGACAGUUGACGCAGCCUUUUUAAACAUUUGUUGCAAAGGAAUCAAGAAUGGAAGCUGAACCCUUUUAAGGUGUUGUGUAAGUCAAUGUGUUAUAUACAUAUAACCAUUGACCCGGCUCUUUUUGAACUUUGCUCAAUGUUUAUAUCUAUAUAUGCACAGGGAUGGGCCCGAAGAUCGGGCCCAAGGUCACGGCUGUUCUAGCAACGAUGCAAUUGGGGAGAUGCUAGACUGUAACACCAUAAAAUACUUUAUAUCUAAUCCACGGGGAGGGCGGGGGGCAAUCCGACUGCAUACUUUCAUUUUUGAGGUCUUACUUAUAUUAGCGCGUUUACCUAUGGCAAUGUAUGAUCUUGCAUUUCUAUCAUUAAAAAAGCCAGGGAGAGAGAGGCCGAGACGAGGAGAGAUGAUCACAUAGCUGCUGUAGCAACAAUAUAACACUUAAUGUAUAUGUUGUGAAUGGUCUUUCAUAAAUUUAUUAUAUUUGAUAUUUUUUUACUUAAAAAGAAAAAAAGAUAUAAUUAUCUCUUUUUCCACGGAGAUAGAUGAUUGCUAGCACUCUACGUGAUAUAAAGUAGGAGUUUGUGGUGGUUUCCAAACAACGCAAGAUGCCGCUGCCGGCCAGAGAUAUUCAUUGCCCGACAAACUAGAAAGUCAGCAACAUACUAACCUUGUAUUAACUGCAAAGACACCCACUUGGAACCCCCAGGGAAACAGAAGGGAGGAAGUGACAUCAGAGACAGCAAGACUCUUAUUUUUUUUGUUUGUUUUCUCCUGCAGGAUAUUAGACACUAAUGGAUUCUGCUUGUAAACCUGCCAAUAAAAGCACUAUUUUUUUA